GGGAGUCUCUCAGUUGAAGAAAAUGCUCGUCAGUUUGACUCCCUUUGCGCGGAGCUUGGGUUAGAGGGGCCUAGCGAGAACGAUAAGAUCGUCCGAUUCAAGAGCGGCCUUCACCCCAAAAUGCAAACCCGGGUGGUAGCCCAACACGACGGCAAACGUUGGACUAACUACCGCGAUCUUGUGGCCUAUGCUUCGAUGGUGUGGAGCCACGUGGGGCCUACUUUGGACGCCGCGGGACCGGGCGUCGUGGCGAAAGCUGUCGGAGGUCCAAGUCCCACCUUCCGCCGCGACAAGCGCAAACACGACAACCCCAAUGCCCCCUGUCAGCAAGGGCCUAAGGGAGCGGGCGGCCAAGGGCUCUCCAAGAAGCACCGUCAAGCGGUCAAGCAUAACGGGCUUCCCAAGGCUAAGCGGGUGCUUCCGGACGCGUAUCGUCAAAAGCUCCUCAAGGAAGGCAAGUGCUUGAACUGUGAAGAGAAGGAUCACUUUGCUAGGGAGUGCCCUAACCCGCCUAAGGAGGUUCCUCAGGGUUUUUAG